AUGUCUUCCAACAUUAGUCCUGCUGCUGCUGCCACUGCCAACCAGGCACUCAUUGCCCUUCUUGGCAGGUUGAAUCAGAUGGUCGAAGAGGUUCUCCGGUCCUGGUCAGAAGAUAAGAGGAUGAGGUUGAACAGAGUCAUUGCAUCUCAAAUGAAUGAUGCCAUUCACUCCUACCAGAUGGCGGCUACCUACAUCCCCCUUCGGCUGCUCUCUAUGGCAGCUGAGAUUCAUAGAGCUCAGAGGGGACAUCCAUUAUACCCCAGGACAUUGGGUCCUCCUCCCACUCAUACAACCCCUACCUCCACACCAACACUCCCAUCUGGCCCUCCACUGGCCCCGGCUCCUGUACCGGCACCUGCUCCUCCACCCACUCCUGCUCCUGUACCUGCUCCUGCUCCUGUACCUGCUCCUGCUCCUCCACCGGUACCUGCUCCUUCACCUGCUCCUGCUCCUGUACCUGCUCCUGCUCCUCCACCGGCACCUGCUCCUGUACCGGCACCUGCUCCACCGGCAUCUGCUCCAUCUGCUCCGGCACUACCAGCUCCCAGCACAAUCCACAUUCCUGCCAAUACAACAUCUGGUGCCAUUGCAGGCCCAUCAAAACCACGUGGGCGGCAAUUCAGUGUGAGUCCCCCAUGUCAGGUCAAGAGGGCCCGGAAGGCUAUCCCCAAGUCGAAGCCACUGUUGACAGACACGGACACUGAUGGCGACACAGUUCGCAUUGGGAAAGAUAAGCCCAAGGCGAAGGGAAAAGGAAAGGGAAAGGCGAAGGCUAAGGCAAGGGCAACGCCAAUGCCACCCCCUCCAGAUCAGAAGAAGAAGGCUGCUGACUCGGAGGAAUAUGAACUGGAGGAGGAGGAGGAGGAGGAUGAAGACGCAAUUGAGCCUGAGACACAGGUCAAACCGGGCGAGGGACGAUUACCAUCCAAGUCCGGUACAGAUCAUACCAGAACAGCCAAGGACAAGGCAAAGACCAGGGGCAGGCUGUUACAAGAUCAUCUAGAUGCUUGGGCCCCUACCAUUUUUCUCCUCAUCCUUCUGGUAUCAGCCCUCGCAUCAUACCCUUACCCUGACCUCACCCUUGUUAUCCUUGUUAUCCUCGCAUUCCCUUUCGCCCUCUACCUGUCGCUUCAGCAGAGCCAGUACAUCUGGCCGGAUCCUUUCGCUGAUGAAGCAUAUCCAUGCUCCGUUCCACCACCUGACUGA